AUGAAUAAAGAAAAUAUCAUCGUUCCAGUUAUUUUCGGUGCACUUGUGAUAGCAGCAGCUGUUAUGUAUGUCUGUGCUUGCUACCGCAAGAAGAAAGAAAAGAAAGCGCGCGGCAUACUACCCACUACUACUCCUAGUAGAGAUCGAGGUAUACCCACUACUACUCCUACUAGUAAGGAUGGAGGGAUGGUUAUGAUGGUGGGCGCAGGUGCCACAGUUGUAGCUGCUUCUGCUGCUGGUGCCACGGUUAUAGCUGCUUCUGGUGGUGGCGGGGGUGAUGGCGGGGGUGCAGGUGGUGGCGGGGGCGAUGGGGGGUGUGCGGGUGAUGGUGGUGGUGGUGGUUGCGGUGGGUGUGGUGGGGGUUGCGGUGGGUGUGGUGGUUGCGGUGGAUGA